AUUGGUGAACAAAAUUAAUUUUCUAAUUAUAGAUUAAUGUUUGAAAUCUCACCUACAUAGCUAAUAAUAACUCUUUUCAUUCUAAGUUUCCAUCGUCCUACCACGUUCUAUUACAAAUUCCGAAUCAUUUAAUUUCUGCAGAAGAAAUACGAAAUGGAUACUGAAAGAGUGAAGCAAAACGAUGAGGUGAGAGAUUUGGAAGUCAUUUCACUACGAAAACGAGUUUUUGAUUUAGAAUCUCAACUCGAUGAAGCUAAGAAGCUGAUCCAGAAACAUCUUUUGGAGGCUAAUGAGGUAGAUAUGUUAAAAAUGAAAUCAACCGAUACUCUGACAAAAGCAAAGAGCGUAAUUUUUGAAAAUACCAAAAUGAUUAAAAAUCAAGAACUCCAAAUCGAGGCACUGAAUCAGCAGGUUGAAUCUUUAAGAGAUGUCGUGAAAAUAACUAAAGAAUUGCUCGAAAUCAGAAAUUUGGAAACUGAUCAGUUAGAAGCUAAAAUUCACUGCAUGGAAGAAAAACAUAAGGCAGAAAAGGAGAGACAUGAUUUGAUGCACAAAAGAUUGGAGCAGAUGAUUCGGCAUAAUGGUGAUUUGAAAAGGGAAUAUGAGACACAAUUAUGUCUAUUUAAAGCCCUAAGAGAAAGGUAUAAUGAAAGAGAAUUGGCUGAAGGUGUUGUGAAAGACUUGAAAUCGGACAUUAAAAUUGAAAAGGACAAGAAAGUCGAUCAAAAUGAUCCGGUGAUUCAAAAUGGAACCGCUUCAACUGACAAUACAAAUCCUCCACCAAUUCAACAACAAGCUGAGAUCCCAAAAGUACAAGAAGAUUUAGCGAAUCAACAGAAAAAUCAAGAAGAAAUUGCAGUUGAUACAAAGAACGUUAAAGAUAACGCAGUCCAAGAAGGAGUAGUGGAACAGGACAAAUCUACAAAUGAAUUGAAAAAUGAUUCCACUGAUGUCAUUAUUCCGAAUACAACCCAAGAAAUCGUAAACAAAACUACACAAGAAGAAUUGAAAAACUCAAAACCUGAAGAUAAUCAACCUAAUUUAGACACAACAGUUAAACAGUAGCAAUGUUUUAUUUUAUUUUUCUGAAAUUUAGUAUUUCUUAAUCAAUAAAGACUGUUCGUUCUAAAAAAAUAAAUAAAAAUAAACAUAACUAAAUCCUA